CAACCACUGUAAACAAUUCAGCGAAGGCUCCUACUGCACCCAUUGCAGAUGAGAGCUUGGACACGACCAGAAAGAGACAGGAUCUCACUCCAGGUUUCACAUGGUUCAUUCCAGAGUGAGUGAUCCAGUUGGCAAUGCCAGACCUCUCCCCUUCGACUCCUGGCAUCUUCCCCCUGUUUCUGGGGACAUGGGACAGAAAUGUCACCUUCAUAGUCGACAUUUCAGAGGGCAUGUACCCUGCCAUUGGGUCGGUGAAGCAGUGGCUAGUCCAGACACUGCUGACCAAGGCCUCGCUGCGAGACUCCCUCUUCAACAUCCUUGGUUUCUCACACAAGGUGACUAAGUGGAGUGAGCAUAUGGUGACCUGUAGCCCUGAUACGGUGUACGAGGCGAUGUGCUGGAUCCACUCCCUGAGCUGCUCUCCUGGCCGGGACCUCUCAGGCGCUCUGACCACUGCAUUCAGUGACCCAGCCUGCCAGUCGGUCCAUCUGGUGACCAACGGCCUCCCGGACGACCCAGAGGAGCUGCUCUGGUUUCUCCCGGACAUGGUGGGGGUGCGCCCGGUGCAUGUGUUUUACCUGUCUGAUACCUGCUGCCCAGACAGCAGGAUGCAGACCUUCCUGCAGCGUCUCACUCAGGCCACCAGGGGGAGCUGUCACAUCCUGUCUCUCAGCUCCACAGGAGCCGUGGAAAAGGUACGUCCGCUGUACCUGGCAGAAAGCAGGAGCAGCCCAACAGCCUGCUCUGAACGGAAGUACUGCAGUGCAGGAGCUGUCCUCAGCAGGCCGUUAUCUUGUUCACUAUGUGCACCUCUGUUCCUGUGCCCUUACAGGUGCUCUCUGGGCCACCUAGGUGGAGAGUGUCCUGUGAGCGUGUGCAGCAGGGCCUGGGGGAGUUAUAGUGGCCCCCCUGCCUUUCUCCCAGGCAGCCGUGUGCUGGCAAGGAGGGAGCUGGACCGGUUUUACUACCUGGGGACAGUAAGAGAGGAACUGCAGGGCAGGAGGGGGGUGUACUUGGUGGAAUUUGACAGGCCGGCAGUGGAGGCGGGUUCAUGUGAGACGGCCCUGCAGCUGACCACCGCAUUGGACUUGGUUCCCCAUACACAAGCCCACGGACACAGCCUGGUUCCUGGGGACAAGGUCCUGGCGCCCUGGGAACCGAGCCUGGCCCGGUAUGGUCCGGGCAGCGUAAUCCAGGGGGUGGAGAUCAGGGACCCCCUCAGGGGCAGGAAUGAGAGCGGGCUCCAUGUGUUGUUUUGGAACGGCUGCCAGGUGAGGGUGCCAGGAGAGGUGGCUGUGUGGAUCCCCCCCUCUCUGCACGAGCGGAUCCUGCAGGAGCUGCAGCGCCCACUCUGUUACCACGGUGACGCACACGGCUGCCUGCCGUGGCCUCGCUACGCCCUGUGUCCAAGUCUCCCAUGCCUAGAUCCGCCCCUGCCAACACGACUGGCCCCGCCCCACCACUGCCCUCACAAAGAGUGGUGGUGUCUAUCUGCUGUGCCCCCUCAAACCAAUGGGCUGACAGGCACAACACUGACGAGCAGGAGGGAGGAGCUGGAGAGGAAGGUUGAUGCCCAGUUGAAGGAGCUCAGGGGAUUGAGACGGGCGGGGUCUCACUCCUCUUCCUCAUCAUCUUCUUUGUCCGAGGAUGUGGAUGAAGAGCCGAAGCUUGCCGGCGUGGAUGCGGUCAGUGCGGCAGUCAACACUGACCUCAGCCUCCUGGAGAAGCCGAAAUCUGCCUCCCUGGACCGGCCUGCCUGGAGGUACUGGGGAAGAAGCUGUGCAGAGCCGCAGCACAGACAGCCUGAACGACUGAUGAAGAACAAAAACAGAUCUACAAAAGUUUUGCCACCUGAAGCCCAGAUCGACAGCCCGACUAAUCACAGCUCGUUAUUUCAGUUGCUUCCUGUCACCACAGGACAAAGGCUGACCGUUAAGGACGUCUUGCACCAUAGUGAUUCUGGAUCGCCAUUAAACGGCGCAGUCCAGUUCCAGCUCAUUGUCACUGGUAAAAGUAUUCCUGUUACUCACACAUGAUGCUGGUUCUGUGCCAGAUCAAAGUCCUCUAUGUACUGUGGACAGAUUAUCAAAUUUCCAGAUGCUUUGUUUAUUCAAAGGGCAUUUAAUCACUCACUACCAAUUUGUUCAUUCUAUCAGAGUCAGGUUAUCUGGAUCAUCCGAUGUUAAAUACAGUAUUUUUGUCCCCACUGAAAA